AUGAUGACCUACAACCUCAUCAUCUCUUUCAUCUCCUUCCUCACCGGAUUUCUGGCUUUCGCCUCUACAGCCGUAGCCCUCCCAGCCACCGCCGGCGACCAGAAUGCGGAGUCGAACGUUGACUUGGUAACCAGCCCUGUGACGCAUCCGGCUUCGCAGCAUAUCCAGUAUCCUCGUGUCGACUCUACUUCUUCUCCUUCUUCGCCGCCUCUCGCUCGCCAUCCACGACGAUGGCUUCAAAAGGAGAUAAUCUCCCCUCCUGUCCCAAAUGUCCGCGCAGAAAACAUAAACAAAACCACCGCAAUAACCCCCCGCGGCGAUUCUUCCUCUCACAACCAUACACCACCUAUCCCAAGCACCGAAGGGGAAGAUACCACCACCACCACCCUCCUCUCCCCUCCUCCAGUGGCCUCCUCUGCCCCCUCAAACACAACUACUACAAACCCAACCACCACCACAAUAGAAAAGCGAGGCGGCCCCCGCAAAUUGUGCGCCCAAUACAAGACCUUCAUCGACGAAUCCUCCCCCUCCAGAUCCCCUUUGCUGAAAGACUGCAUCCAAAUAGUGUGCAACCACGCCGGCGGCAAGGACGGCGGCGGGGACUGGGUCUUCAUGGCGGGGUCGAAGCGCACCAUCGCCACUUUUGGGAGCUGCGCAUUCAGUAUUUCCGCUGGCGGCGGCGUGGCGAAGGACCAGUGGCUGUUGUUUAGAACCGAGGAUGUGCGGAUUGUCAUCGAGAAAUUCUUUAUGAGGCGGGCGGGAAUGUGA